CUGCCUCCGGAGUGCUGGGGUUAAAGGCGUGCACCUGACCACCGCCCGGCCUAGUUGAGUGUUCUUAAAGUCCCGCUCUGACCAUUUUGUUUUUAUUUCUUGUUAUGUGUUUCAGGCUGACCUUGAACUCACUGUCUAGCCCAGGCUGCCUCAGCCUUCCAAGUGCCAUGGCAGUUGUAAUUUACAGUGCCCGGCAUCCAACUAAUGUGCAUCUUUCAAAACCCUGUAGCUUCCUAGCUGCCGGGUUGUCUUCCCUUCUUGCUCUCUGACGUAACUCCUCCAGUUCUCUGCUCGGGUGGGAUUCUGUGAUCUCUCUCAGAGCAGUCAUACUCAACAGUCCCUUUAUAAGACCUGCCUAGGAUAGGCUGGCCUUGUCCUCCCAGUUCAAGUGGGUAUAAGCAGGCUUGUCUAUGAGAGAUGUAGGAAAGGUCAUUGUCCUGUGGGAAAGCUACAGAGUGGCAUUUGCUCUGAGAAUCUUUAUGUCUGGGAAGUAAAAACUGUAUUGCGGGCUCAGCCUCCCUUCUCUAAAAUGCUUACAAUCAGAAGUGUUUUUCAUUAAACUAUCUACUUGAUUCUUUGGUUAAGCCUGCCGUAUCUGAAACUAGUGUUUCAAAACUUGGAGCUUUGGGUGUUUUGUUUUGUGAGUCUUACUGUGUCGCAGCCAUACAACUUAGUGUGUGGAUCUGGUUGGCUGCAAAUUUGUGUUGAUCCUCCUGCCUCUUUCUCAAGCGGUGGCUUGCAAGCAUGCGCCACUGUGCCUGAGCUUUUUUGUUGUGUUUGGUGGUGCUUGUUGGGAGUUCAGUUUAGGACCUCAUGCAUACCAGGCAAGUCUGCCACUGGCUUAGACACUCACCACCUUGAAACCGGUUUGUUUUGAAACAGAAUCUCAGAAUCUCACUGCAUAGCAUAGGCUGGCCUUGUGCUUCUAAGUUCAAGUGGUUAUCUGUCUGUCUGUCUAUCUAUCUAUCUAUCUAUCUAUCUAUAUAUCACAUCCAUCAUCAGACUAUCUGUCUGUCUGUCUGUCUAUCUAUUACAAUCAUUAUCAGGCAAAGGAAAUACAGAAGUUGACAGUGUUUUUUGCACAUGUAUGCGUUUGUUCCAAUGGAAACAGGAAGGAAAAAAAAAGCAUCCUUCAAAGACUACAAUGCAUUCUGUCCUGAGAUACCCUUGUUUCGUUUCCUUCCCUUUCUUUUCUUUUUGGGACAGGAUCUUUGUAUAUAGCACCAGCUGGCCUGGAACCCCUCCUGCUUCUUCCUCCCAAGUGCUGGGAUUGAAGGUGUAUACCACCAAACCUGGCCUAGCUGCUAAUAUUUCACUGGAUCCUCACAGCAGCCUUAGAGCAGGACUCAGAUCCCCCCACCAUGCUCUGCCCACCCUUGGGCGUCUUUGGCCUCUGCUAGGCACAGAGACUGGGCCCAAGGGGGAUGUGGCUCAUGCUUCUCUUCACAGGUAUUAUGGUGGGAAUGAGUUCAUUGAUGAGUUGGAGACACUGUGUCAGAAGCGUGCAUUGCAGGCCUAUCAUCUGGAUCCUCAGUGCUGGGGAGUCAAUGUCCAGCCUUACUCAGGCUCCCCUGCAAACCUCGCUGUGUAUACUGCCCUGGUGGAGCCCCAUGGGCGCAUCAUGGGCUUGGACCUGCCAGAUGGAGGUCAUUUGACUCAUGGCUUCAUGACAGACAAGAAGAAAAUCUCUGCUACAUCUAUCUUCUUUGAAUCUAUGCCUUAUAAGGUGUACCCAGACACUGGCUACAUCAACUAUGACCAGCUGGAGGAGAAUGCCAGCCUCUUUCACCCGAAGCUGAUCAUUGCAGGUACCAGCUGCUACUCUCGGAACCUGGACUACGCACGUCUGCGAAAGAUCGCUGAUGAUAACGGGGCGUAUCUCAUGGCAGACAUGGCACACAUUAGUGGGCUGGUAGCAGCUGGGGUGGUACCCUCCCCUUUCGAACACUGCCAUGUGGUGACCACCACAACCCACAAAACCCUGAGAGGCUGCCGUGCUGGUAUGAUAUUCUACAGAAAGGGUGUGCGCAGCGUGGAUCCCAAGACUGGCAAAGAGAUUCAUUAUGAGCUGGAGUCACUCAUCAACUCUGCUGUGUUCCCAGGCCUCCAGGGGGGCCCCCACAACCAUGCCAUUGCGGGUGUUGCUGUGGCCCUGAAGCAAGCCAUGACAACAGAAUUCAAAAUCUACCAGCUCCAGGUGGUGGCCAACUGCAGGGCUCUGUCCGAGGCCCUCACUGAGCUGGGCUACAAAAUAGUCACAGGUGGUUCUGAUAAUCAUCUGAUCCUAGUGGAUCUCCGUCCCAUGGGCACCGAUGGCGGAAGGGCUGAGAAGGUACUAGAAGCCUGUUCUAUUGCCUGCAACAAGAACACCUGUCCAGGUGACAGGAGCGCCUUACGGCCCAGUGGACUGCGACUGGGGACCCCAGCAUUGACAUCCCGUGGACUUUUGGAAGAAGACUUCCGAAAAGUCGCACGCUUUAUCCACAGAGGGAUAGAGCUUACUCUGCAGAUUCAGAACGACAUGGCCGUGAGGGCGACACUCAAGGAGUUCAAGGAGAAGCUGGCAGGGGAUGAGAAGUACCAGAGUGCUGUGAGGACUCUCCGGGAAGAUGUGGAGAGUUUUGCUUCCAACUUCUCAAUACCUGGCCUGCCCGACUACUGACAGCUAGCACAGCCAGCAUCUCCCAUGAGGGGAGGACUGCUCCAGGACCCCGUGAGCCCUGUCCCCUCUCGAGUGGACAACUGAGCCUGCACUGUGCUGUGGAGGGUUUCUGACCGGCUGUUCUCGUUUCAGAUUCUGGGACAGGCUAAUAAGGACUAUAAAUUUGAAACUUCACUUCUCAGCAGCUUUAUAUAAUGAAUUAUUUGGGGAAAAAAGUACUAUGUAGCCAUUUGAUCUCACUUAUUGACUGCAGCAUGAGGCAGAGCUAUUAAAGAUCCCAGAAUUCUCC